UUGGGGAGGGGAAGGGCCUUGACAGCGGUGGAGGCGGUGAAGAGGCAGCAGAUUGGUCCCAAUUAUGGAUUGGAUUUCAUGUUCUGCAAAAGUAUCAGACUCACUUGACCCUACUGUCCUAUUUCUAAGCUAAGCAGUGGACUAGAGCCAAGAAACUCUUGUGUUUCUAAAUGAUACCUUGAGGUGGUGUUAGUGGGACGAGAGCUGAAGUAAUGAGAAGCUAUCAUGGAGGCCCAUUCUCACAGCUCUACUACAACUGAAAAGAAAAAAGUUGAGAAUUCCAUCGUGAAAUGCUCCAGUCGGACAGAUGUCAGUGAGAAAGCUGUUGCCUCCAGCACAACUUCCAAUGAGGAUGAAAGUCCUGGGCAGACGUAUCACAGAGAGAGAAGAAACGCCAUCACAAUGCAAGCACAGACUGGGCCAGGCCUCAGCAAAAUCAGUGAGGAGCCAUCCACAUCCAGCGAAGAAAGAGCCUCUUUAAUCAAGAAGGAGAUCCAUGGAUCUCUGUCCCACCUUACCGAUCCAUCAGUACCUUACCGGGGGACAGUGUUCACUAUGGAUCCCAGGAAUGGUUACAUGGAGCCUCAUUACCACCCACCUCAUCUCUUUCCAGCAUUCCACCCUCCUGUACCAAUUGAUGCAAGACAUCAUGAGGGUCGAUACCAUUAUGAACCCUCUCCCAUUCCUCCACUUCAUGUUAGUCCGACGUACUCAGACCUGCCCUUCAUUAGAAUCUCCCCGCACAGAAAUCCAGCCGCGACCUCGGAGUCUCCUUUCAGCCCUCCCCACCCUUACAUUAACCCCUACAUGGACUACAUCCGAUCCCUGCACAGCAGCCCUUCUCUGUCUAUGAUCUCAGCGGCCCGCGGCCUGAGCCCCACCGACGCACCACAUGCUGGAGUCAGCCCAGCAGACUAUUAUCACCAGAUGGCUCUUCUGGCAGGACAGCGCAGCCCCUAUGCGGACAUCAUCCCUUCCGCCGCCACAGCAGGUGCCGGGGCUCUCCACAUGGAAUACCUUCACGCCAUGGAAAGCACCAGAUUUCCCAGCCCAAGGUUGUCAGCUAGGCCCAGCCGGAAACGGACGCUGUCCAUAUCACCGCUAUCGGAUCAUAGUUUUGACCUCCAGACCAUGAUUCGAACAUCUCCCAACUCCUUGGUCACAAUUCUUAAUAAUUCUCGUAGCAGCUCCUCAGCCAGUGGCUCUUAUGGCCACUUGUCUGCAAGUGCAAUAAGUCCUGCUUUGAGUUUUACCUACCCACCCACGCCCGUGUCUCUACAACACAUGCAUCAGCAAAUCAUCAGCCGGCAGCAGAGUUUAGGUUCGGCCUUCGGUCACAGUCCCCCGCUCAUCCAUCCCGCCCCAACGUUUCCCACCCAGAGACCUAUCCCAGGAAUCCCCGGUGUCCUGAACCCCAUCCAAGUCAGUUCUGGUCCUUCGGAGUCCACGCAGCAGAGCAAGCCAACGAGUGAGUCUGCAGUGAGCAGCACUGGCGAUCCAAUGCACAACAAGCGUUCCAAGAUGAAACCUGAUGAAGAGCUCCCCAGUCCAGGUGCAGGAAGCCUGCAGGAACAGCCAGAAGGAAUGACUCUGGUCAAGGAGGAAGGUGACAAAGAUGAAAGCAAACAAGAGCCUGAAGUGGUCUAUGAGACUAACUGCCAUUGGGAAGGCUGCGCGAGAGAGUUUGACACACAGGAACAGCUCGUGCAUCACAUAAACAACGAUCACAUUCAUGGAGAAAAGAAAGAGUUUGUAUGUCGGUGGCUGGAUUGCUCAAGAGAGCAGAAACCAUUCAAAGCUCAGUAUAUGUUGGUGGUGCAUAUGAGGAGACACACAGGCGAGAAACCACACAAAUGCACUUUUGAAGGUUGUACAAAGGCCUACUCCAGGCUAGAAAACUUGAAAACCCACUUGCGAUCUCACACUGGAGAGAAACCAUACGUCUGUGAGCAUGAAGGCUGCAACAAAGCAUUCUCGAAUGCAUCGGAUCGAGCUAAGCACCAGAACCGAACUCAUUCCAAUGAGAAACCGUAUGUGUGCAAGAUCCCAGGCUGCACAAAACGCUACACAGAUCCCAGCUCCCUCCGGAAACACGUGAAGACGGUCCACGGCCCCGAGGCGCACAUCACCAAGAAGCAGCGUGGUGACGUCCACCCUCGUCCUCCACCCCCCCGAGACUCUGGAAGCCAUUCCCAAUCCAGGUCACCUGGCCAGCACACUCAGGGGACGGUUGGCGAGCAGAAGGACAUCAGCAAUACUACCUCAAGACGGGAAGAAUGCCUGCAAGUGAGAACUGUCAAGUCCGAGAAACCGAUGACAUCUCAGCCAAGCCCUGGUGGUCAGUCUUCAUGCAGCAGCGAACAGUCCCCCCUCAGCCACUAUUCCAACAGUGGGAUCGAACUUCAUCUGACCAAUGGAGGUAGUGUAGGAGACCUCAGUGCCAUAGAUGAAACCCCAAUCAUGGACUCAACCAUUUCCACCGCAACCUCAGCACUUGGCUUGCAAGCCAGAAGGAACGUGACAGGGACUGAAUGGAUGGAGCAAGUGAAAUUGGAAAGGUUGAAACAAGUUAAUGGAAUGCUUCCGCGCCUGAACCCCAUUCCACCUCCCAGAGCCCCUGCCCUUUCUCCUCUCAUUGGAAACGGCAUCCAGUCCAACCCCAGCUGCAGCUUGGGAGGGCCCCUGACGAUCCUGCCCCACAGAAACGAGCUGUCGAGCGUGGACAUCACCGUGCUGAACCUGCUGAACAGGCGGGACAGCAACACGAGCACCAUCAGUUCGGCCUACCUGAGCAGUCGCCGCUCGUCCGGGAUCUCCCCUUGCUUCUCCAGCCGAAGAUCCAGCGAGGCCUCCCAAGCGGAGGGCCGGCCCCAGAAUGUGAGCGUGGCCGACUCCUACGACCCCAUCUCCACCGAUGCCUCCCGGCGGUCGAGCGAGGCCAGCCAGUGCGAUGGCCUACCGAGCCUCCUCAGCCUCACUCCAGCCCAGCAGUACCGCCUGAAGGCCAAGUAUGCGGCCGCGACCGGCGGACCCCCGCCCACCCCACUGCCCAAUAUGGAGAGGAUGAGCAUGAAGACCCGGAUGGCCCUGCUGGGUGACUGCAGGGAAUCGGGGGUCUCCCCACUGCCCCCGGUCCACCCUCCCCGGAGGUGCAGCGACGGCGGGCCGAACGCUUUCGGCCGUCGGCACCUGCUGCCUCAGGACGUGCUGGGGAACGGGGUGAGGAGGGCCAGUGACCCCGUCCGCACCGUCUCCGAGAACCUCGCUCUGCCACGGGUUCAGCGCUUCAACAGCCUGAACAGCUUUAACCCUGCCGUUUUGCCUCCGUCCUCGGAGAAACGCAACCUCGCCCUCCAGAACUACACCCGCCCCGAAGGCGGUCUGUUCCGUAACUUCCACUCGUCCCCCUGCCCCCCGAGCAUCAGCGAGAACGUCCCCCUGGAGGCCCUGACGGUGGAGCCCGAUGCCAGCCUCCACGACGAGGACUUCCUGCCUGACGACGUGGUGCAGUAUUUGAAUGCCCAGAGUCAGGGCGGAGGGUACGAGCCUCACCUCCAGGGCCACGUUCCCGAUGCCAACAAGGCCCCGCAUGGGACGCUGAUGGGAACUGGGCCCGGUGGAUUGGAGCAGGCCCACCUGCCGGAAGGGCAGCUCGGCCAGCCGUAUCACGCUCCGGAGCAGGCCGCCGAGGAAGCGAGUAAGAGCAACCUGCCCAUCCAGUGGAACGAGGUCAGCUCGGGAAGCGCCGAUCCCAUGCCCUCAAAGUUCAGAUGCAGCCAGCGCCCACCUGGGCCCCAAGCCCGAGCCUUUGGACUGUACAACAACAUGGCUAGCCAGCCUCGGAACCUCCUGAGGAACGGGGCGGGGGCGGGCCAACCCAACGGCUAUCAGCAGCUUGUGGAAAACCACAAUGGCUACGGCCCCCAGGAGCACCUGCUAGUCACCGGCCCCUCUGGGGGUACCGGCGCGUCUGGCAGAGCUCUCCAUUUCCAGCCCGGGAAGGCCCAGCACUAUGGGGAGAGUUUCAACCAGCAGCCGAUGGUUUCUGGGGGCCUGGAUGGUUCCUGUGGAGUCGCGAUCCAAGGGCAGAAGCUGAGAAGCAGCAACGGGCCCACGAACGGAAACCCACCGAGCUUUGGCCCACCGACGGGGCCGAAGCUGCCAUGCGGAGUCAGCAGCUUGGCCAACGAGGCGCAGAGUCGGAUAGCGCUGGAACCGGGCUACCUGCAGGGUCAGCCCGGAGGAGAAGGCGUCCACUUCCAGGGAGUUGGGCGCUCCGGUCAGAUGAUGUUAGGACCGGUCAGUCCUACCUCGCAGGCCAGCCCGUGUCAAGGGCCGCAGAACUGCCUCCCAGCCCCCCACGGCCUCGGCAACCAGCCAUCGGGUCUGGCGGCCACCAAGGGCUACCAGCCGUGCCCCAACUUCGGGGGCAUCAGGCGACAAAACAUGCUGAGGAACAGCUUAGCCCAGCCCCCAGGACACGUCGGUGAGGCCAACCCUGCUUGCAGGGUAAACGGCAUUAAGACAGAGGCGCAAAGUCAGCCCCAGCCGCUCUGCUCCAAUACUCAGAAUUACUCUGGUCAGUUCUAUGACCAGACCAUGGGCUUUAGUCAGCAAGACAUGAAAACAGGUUCUUUCUCCAUUUCAGAAGCUAACUGUCUGCUACAAGGGACUGGGCCUGCAAACUCCUCCGAGCUGCUUUCCCCAGGCACUAACCAGGUGUCCAGCACGGUUGACAGCCUUGACGGCAGCAGCUUGGAAGGGGUGCAGAUUGAUUUUGAUGCCAUCAUAGAUGACGGGGAUCAUGCCAGUUUAAUUUCGGGAGCCCUGAGUCCGAGUCUCAUUCAGAAUCUUUCCCACAAUUCCUCCCGCCUCACCACUCCACGAGCGUCUCUUACAUUCCCAGGCUUGCCAGUUGGCACGACCAACAUGGCUAUUGGGGACAUGAGUUCUUUGCUGACCUCCCUUGCAGAAGAAAGCAAGUUUCUUGCUGUUAUGCAGUAGACAUUGGGAAACA